AUGUGGCUGUGUCACCUGGAAGGGGAGGCAGUGGCAGAGCAAGUCAUCCAGAAUCCAGAUGCAGAGGGAGUCUGGUUAAUGGUGCCCCGUCUGCUACAGAGUCAGUGUAGAGGCGGCAACGGCGGAGGCGGCUGCGGGGAGGAAGACCGAGGGCUCGAACUUUCUUACUGGCCUGAGAGCUUUAGGGCUCCUGGGGUCACGAUAUCAGAGAAAAAACAGCCGGUAGACUUGGGUCUCCCGGAGGAGGACGACGAGUUCGAGGAGUUCCCUGCGGAAGACUGGGCUGGUUUAGAUGAAGAUGAAGAUGCACAUGUCUGGGAGGAUAAUUGCGAUGAUGACAACGUAGAGGAUGACUUCUCCAAUCAGUUAAGAGCUGAACUAGAGAAACAUGGUUAUAAGAUGGAGACUUCAUAGCAUCCAGAAGAAGUGUUGAAGCAACCUAAACCUGAACUGUUUACUAAAUUCUA